GUUGUUCGCAUAACGAGAGGUUAAUACUUUUUGAGGACGGUUUUGCUACCGCGCUUGUUCAGACAGGCAAAUUCAAUAUUUGGUCUCAGUUAUGAUAUGCAUUUUGCUUGUUGCUGGUCAUGGCACCCUGUUGGAGACUCAAAUUAAGAAAGAUGAAACUGGCUUGUACAGCCACCUUGCUGGGGUGCCCAAGGCCCUUCUGCCUGGCAUCAGAGGGAAGAAGAUCCUUGACUUCUGGUGGGAGACUGUGAACAUGCGACAGUUGUUCUCUGCUGUGUAUCUGGUGACCAAUGCGGAUAAGUACAAACACUACGAACGGUGGGCCACCGCAAAUGAUUUCCCAGUGGAAAAUGUGAUCAAUGAUGGCAGCACCACUCUGGAGGACCGCCUGGGCGCCGUGGCUGAUCUGGAGUUGGCCAUACGCAGCCGCAAACUCCAGGACGACAUCAUGGUGAUUGCAGGGGACAUGCUGUGUGCCGACCACAACUUUGAUAUUGGUCAAGUGAUACGAUUUUUCAGGUCGAAGCAACCUGGAGAGCUGAUCAUCUACUAUGAGAUGGAAGAAGGUGAGAAAAGCAGCUCCAGGGGAAUCGUCGAGGUCUGUGCUGACACACACAGAAUAAAGCGCUUCCUGGAGAAACCCACAGAAGACCUGACGUCAUCCAGGCUCGCCAGUGUCGUCUUCUACUGCCUCCAGAAGGACUCGCUGUCCCACCUGUCUGACUUCCUCGAACUACAGACUCAAGCUUCUGACCGCUCCUUUGGACGAUUCUGGGAGCAGUUCAUUAACGAGAAGCAGCUGGAUGUUUUUGGGAUGAAGCUUCCAACCGGAUUUCAGCUGAUUGGACAAGUGGGUCUGCCCGACUACACGAAGUGGCUCACUCAUUUCUCCUCCAAACAACAAGACAGCGCCGCCAAACCCAUCACAUGUCGCUCCUACGCUAGAGUGGGGCUGAUGGGGAACCCAUCUGAUGGGUUCAACGGGAAAACCAUCGCCAUGAGCAUCUCUAACUUCUGGGCUGAAGUGACUCUGGUGGAGAGCCAGAGUUUGGUUUUAGUCCCACACCCGCUCAAUGAUCCGACAGAGUUUGGAAGUUUGCAGGAUCUGUUCCGCAUCAGUAGAAAAGAAGGCUAUCUUGGUGGCCUGCGGCUGCUGCAAGCCACGUGCAAGAAGUUUUACCAGUUCUGCUCUAAACAAGGAAUUGCACUAACAACACAGAAUUUCACCCUCAAGUAUGACACCAACAUUCCUCGUCAAGUGGGCCUCGCGGGAAGCAGCGCCAUUGUCUCCGCCACACUCAAGUGUCUGAUGAAGUUCUACAACAUCACAGAUGACGACCUCCCGAAACCAGUGCGUGCCAACUUCAUCCUCAACGUGGAGACCGAUGAGCUGUUCAUUACAGCUGGCCUGCAGGACAGGGUGGUCCAGGUGUAUGAAGGUCUGGUCUACAUGGACUUCAGCAAGCAGUUGAUGGAAGAGAAGGGAUACGGGAACUAUGUUCCCAUGGAUAUGAGUGAGCUUCCAAAUUUUUGGCUCGCCUACUUGAGUGACCCCAGUGAUUCUGGUCGAAUCCACAGCAAUGUACGGCAGCGCUGGGUCAGCGGUGAGCCUCUCGUAGUUGAAGCAAUGAAGUCAUUUGCUGAUCUCACAGAUAAAGCCAGAACUGCACUUGAGGACAAAGACUGGACCCUUCUGGCACAGCUGAUGGACCAAAAUUUUGAGCUCAGAAGGUCUGUAUACUCCGAGGAGUCGCUGGGUCCUGGCAACCUAAAGAUGGUCCAUUUAGCCAAAGAGUUUGGCUCUGCUGUGAAGUUACCAGGCAGUGGAGGGGCAGUGGUGGGCCUGUGUCUAGAUCCGGAGAAGUUGGUGGCGAUGAGACGCGCUUUCCAGGAGGCAGGCUGUGUGUUCUGCGCCAUCACUCCCUACAACCCAUCUGCCUGCGUUUAACGCGGACUUUACGGUCACCCAAUCCGACGCCAUAAUCACGCCAUAUAAUAUUAAGUUAUGUCAUGAGUAUUAUUCUGGUUUCAAUGACUUUCGGCCAGAUAAAGUCACAUUUUGCCACAGAUCAUUGCACUAAACAAAUGUCCUUAGUCGGAAAUUUCAAAACAUGAAAUCGACCAUUGCUAUUUAUGCAUUUUAAAUAUUGCAUUUCUUUACAAGAAUAUAUUUCAUCUUUCUUUCUACUCGUAAACAUGCCUUAAAUCGUAUUUUAUUAAAAA